GUAUCAAGUAGCCAUAGUUUAGAUAUCGCAUUUCAUUCGACAUUCCGAUCUAAUACAAGUUACAAGCGUUCGCAUUUCUUCCUUGUACGCUAUUCUGCAUUCAUUGUGCAUAAUGCUGCCGGAAUUGUUAAGCGUUUUACAGCGAACCAACGAUUAUGUUUCUCUGGAAGAGAUUUGUGAAAAGCUGCCGCAAUCGGAAUCGUAUGAAGAUAUCAUGAGCGAUCAAAAAGAAUUGCUUUCAAGUGCAUGCAAAGCCGUGCAGCUAGGGGCAAGUUUCGGAUUAAUUUAUUAUGGUCGCAUGCAAAAAUAUAAGAUAGCUGUGAAUCACGCUCGUCCGGAAUCGCACAAUUUCUACAGCCGCCUGCGUAUACUCAACGAGGACAUCGCAACAAAUGGUCUGAGGAAUGCAUUGGAUAAGGCCCGGGUUUCCGAAGAUGGUUCAUCAGAGAGCAGCCACUCCGAUAGCGAUGAAUCGGGGGAUCGUGAGGAAUUGAAAGCAUCCCCGGGAGGGAAAAAAAGGUCCAGGACUCCGAAACCAUCUUCAUCAGCCAGCAAGAAAUCCGGAAAAAGCCCUUCAACCCCGAAGAGGAAGCGUAGAUAAAGAUGCUAAAAAGAUGUUUGUGAAGA